AUGCCUUCUAUCUUCUGGCUCCUUAAUUUCUGCCACUGGUCCCGGUGCCGAGCUUUUCCAAGGCCUGGGAAUUCUCUGGUCCUCCUGCAGCCGCACUUCAUCAAGGCCGACUCCCUGCUGCUGACCACUGUCUCCGGAGCCAAGGCUGGACCUGGAAUCACCUCUUUGGCCACCACCACUGCCGUCCAGCCCACCUCUCUCCAGACCCUGGUGAGCGGUGGCACCAUCCUGGCUACGGUGCCCCUCGUGAUGGACACGGACAAGCUGCCCAUCAACCGCUUGACCGCGGGGAAGCCCUUGUCUGGCCAUAACAAAGGCGAGAAGCGCACGGCACACAACGCCAUCGAGAAGCGCUACCGCUGCUCCAUCAACGACAAGAUCUGUGAGCUCAAGGACUUGGUGGUCGGCACAGAAGCCAAGCUGAACAAGUCGGCCAUUUUGCGCAAGGCGAUUGACCACAUCCGGUUCUUGAAGCAGGCCAACCAGAAGUUGAAGGCAGAGAACUUGGCCCUCAAGAUGGCUUCCCAGAAGAACCAGUCACUAAAAGACCUGGUAGCCCCAGGGAAGAUGGAAGACUCGUCCGAGGGGGUGAAGCUGAUGGACGCCCUGACGCCACCACCCUCCGAUGCGGGCUCCCCAUCCCACAGCAGCCCACUCUCCUUUGGAGGCACCAGCGGAAGCGAUUCGGAGCCUGAAAGUCCCUUCUGCGUGGAGGCCAAGGUGAAGCAGGAAAGCCAAGCAUCGUCUCCAGGCAGCCUGGGGAUGCUGGAUCGAUCGCGGAUGGCCCUCUGCGCUUUCGUCUUCCUCUGCCUCUCUUUCAACCCUCUCUCCUCACUGCUGGGAGGAACCGGCUCCACAACGUCCACCGACGUCUCAGGCGGCAGCGGUCCUGGGCGCAGUAUUAUGGCUGAGAAAGGGACAACAGAUGUUUCCGUUACUUGGUCCCAAUGGCUCCUCCCCACCAUGUUCUUCUGGCUCAUCAAUGCGGUUGUCGUCCUCGGCGCCUUCGUCCGGCUCUUCAUUUACGGCGAACCGGUGACGCGGCUCCACUCUGAGCCCUCCGUCCUUUUUUGGAGGCACCGCAAGCAAGCCGACCUGGACCUGGCCCGAGGAGACUUUGCCCAGGCGUCGCAGAACCUGUGGAUGGCGCUGAAGGCCCUCGGACGCCCGCUGCCCACCUCCAACCUGGACUUGACCUGCAGCCUCUUGUGGAACCUGAUUCGACAUGUCCUGCAGCGCCUUUGGGUGGGCCGGUGGCUAGCCGGACGUGCCGGGGGCUUCUUCCGCGACCGGGAGCUCAAGGCCGACGUGCGCAAGAGUGCCUGUGAUGCCGCUUUGGUCUACCACAAGCUGCACCAGCUGCACAUGACAGGGAAACAUGUGGCCGGUCACUUGUCCGCCAUCAACAUGGCACUGAGCGCUGUGAAUUUGGCCGAAUGCGCCGGGAACACCAUCUCGGUGGCCACCUUGGCGGAGGUCUACGUGGCGGCCGCCUUGCGCGUCAAAGCCAGCCUCCAUCGCUGCUGCCAUUUCCUAGCGCGCUUCUUCCUGAGCAGCGCCCGCCAGGUCCUGCUUUCCCACAGUGGGACCGUCCCUCCAGCGCUGCAGUGGCUCUGCCAUCCCGUUGGCCACCGUUUCUUCGUGGACGGUGACUGGGCCGUGAAGAGCUCCCCCCGGGAGAGCAUCUACAGCUCCACCAGCAACCCAGCCGACCCUUUGGCUCAAGUGACCCAACUUUUCCGGGAACAUUUGCUGGAGAAGGCGCUUUCUUGCGUCUCAAGGCUGGAGAGCCAGGCGCCCGUCAGCCACAGCGAAGGGGAAUUUUCCGACGCCCUGGAGUACCUGCACUUCCUUAACAGCUGUGCGGAUGCGGUCCCCAGUCCGUCCCCUUCCAUCGGCACAAACAUGGAUGCUGCAAUAGGAACCGACCCCAUUGCACACUGGUGGGCCUCAGUGGUGGCCAUGGCCAUCCAUGGACUUCAAGGGGACGACGAAGCGGUGGAGAACCUGUAUCCGCUGGUGGAGUCCAUGCCCAAAGCCCUCCAGGCCUCUGAGAACCCUCUUCCCUGGGCGGCGCUGCACACUUUCAAGGCGGCUCGCAUGCUGCUGGGCAAACUGGACUGCAGCCUGGGCCAGUGCGACGCCGCGAGCGACUACUUGCGCGAGAGUCUGGGCAGCAACGCUCCCACCAGCACCAUCGACAGAGCCGUCCAGUUCCUCUUGUGCGACCUUCUGCUCAUCACUCGCACUCGGCUCUGGCAGCAGCAGAUGCAAGCGGCCCAGCCCCGCGGCGGACCCUACCAAGCCUCGGCCCACGAACUGCGCGGCUUUCAGCAGGAGCUCAGCAGUCUCCGGCGCCUGGCGCAAGCGGACAGACCCGCCAUGCACAGGGUUUUCCUCCACGAGGCCACGGCCCGGCUGAUGGCCCGUGCCAGCCCCACUCGGACCCACCAACUAUUGGACCGGAGCCUGCGCCGAAGGGGGGCCUCGAACCUGAACAAAGGAGCCAGCGAACAAGACAGCCGCCCGACGGCGAGGGAGCACGCCGAAGCCCUCCUCCUCGCCUGCUCCUACCUGCCCCCCGCCUUCCUCUUGGGGCCCGGUCAGCGGGUGGGCAUGUUGGCCGAAGCGGCCCGCUCCCUGGAGAAGCUGGGCGACAAACGGACACUCCACGAAUGCCAGCAGAUGAUCAUCCGGCUCAGCAGCGGCUCCACCGUCACCUCCAGCUAGAGACGACAUUGGGGUCCAGGACUUCAGAACGGGGGGGAUGGAGACCCCUUCCUCUGAGAGCAGAAGGGAAACUAAGACCUAGCAGAGAACGAGGGCUUGCUGCCCAUCGACUUCCUCCUUUCUUUCCAGGUAACUGUGACUCUUGAGGGGUUGCUCUCCUACCUCCCGUAAACGUCUCCGGGAAGCCCCUCUCGAAGCUGUUGCUGAGCAAGGACACAGCGAAGAAGCCGUGGUGGUGGGCUUAAGUCAGGAGGGGGAUAUAUUUUCACUUAUUGCAAAAUCAGCGGAGAUUGACUCAGGUUUUAAGACUCUUACGGGGUUAGGCACAACCAUACUUCAAUCCUCCCGGAAACCAACGCAGACACGGUUUCCGCCAGUUCUCUCACCUCCGUAUCUAUGUCUUUCCAAUAAUCUUCUAUUGCAAUGACAUCUUUUCCUAUGCGUCCUGCAAUGUCCCCUACUUCCUCCGGGAAUGUCCUUGCUUCUCCCGGAUGCUGGAAAUCCAUACGACAAGGGAGGCCCCUGGUGGCAGCUCCCAGCAUUGCAGGAUGUCCACAGACCAGGUCUGGAUAAGCUUUGGCUGUAUGUUCUUUUUCCGCAACUGACUCUUAUUGGCUGUUGCAUCCCUUAUGUGAGCCUUAUGGCCUCCAUCUGAGGCCUCCCUUUUUUUUUGCACAGAGGGCAAAAUUAUCCAGCUUUGAGAAGAAGGUAUCACACAGCUUGGAGAAGCCCGGGGUUCAAAAUGCAAGAAGCAGAAGGCAUCAUUUUGCAUCAUUUCUAGAUUGCCACUUGGUGGGCUUUGGGGCCGAAAACAACCGACUGAGAGUGCGGAUUCCCAUAAUUUCCAACAAUUGCAUUGCUGGGGAGGGUUUUUCACACGACACCAUCGCUCCCUUUUGAGAUUUCAGUUCGGGGAGGGAUACAGACAGUACUCAAAGCUUUGUUGUCAAAAGCUUUCAUGGCCAGAAUCACUGGGUUGCUGUGAGUUUUCUGGGCUGUAUGGCCAUGUUCCAGAAGCA